AUGGGCAGAGGAAUUGAGGAAAAGGCUACAACUACCGACAACAUGGAAUAUAUUGCAUAUCUUGACCCAAAUUUCUGCCCCCAAGAACUGGUAUCAAUUAACAGCGAUAACAUCGAAAUUCCUGUUUGGAUAGCACAAGGCAGCUUUGCAGUAGACCCGACACCAGGUGGUCAAAUAUGGGUAACCUAUGGUUAUAGUGACAUCAUUGAAAUAUUCCAGUACAAAUCUUUGGAAUUGCUCAAAUAUGACGUCGAAAAAAGAACACACAAACUCCCGUUCUUUUGUGAAGGAACAGGACAUGUCGUUUAUAAAAACUCUUUGUUUUGCCACGAGGGAAUGAGCAACAAAAUUGUUAAGUAUAACUUACUUCAGAAAAAGUGGGAGAAAGAAAUUGCACUGGACAACGCAGGUGUCCAUAACAAAUACCCGUACCAGAGUGGAAAAUUUUCAGAUAUCGAUUUUGCUGUAGACGAAAAAGGAUUAUGGGUGAUUUACGCUACAACAUAUUCCAACGGAAAUAUAGUUAUAGUAAAACUUAAUGACGACACACUUGAGAUUUUGGAAACGUGGGUAACAAAUUCACCAAAAACAAAAGUUGGAAAUGCAUUUAUGAUUUGUGGAAUUAUGUAUGCAACGGAUUCGUACGAAAAUAUUCCAACUUUUAUCAAAUAUUCAUUUAAUACAAAUAACGACGGUAGCAAGGUUCUAAAAGACAAUCAAAUUAUAUUUCCAAAUACCAUUGAUGAAAAAUUUACUUAGAACUACAUGCUGGACUACAAUCCAAUUCAAAAGAAGCUUUAUGCGUGGAAUCAUGGUCGUGUGGAAGUUUAUUCUGUGUCUUCUAAAUCGUAUUACCCGUUUCAAGUUGGUUCAAACCGCGUUAAACGACGAAAUUCUCGAAAGAAAAGGAAAAGAAAUUGAUUCCCGAAAGAGUUAUACGUUCUUGUAGAUUAAUCUUUGAAAGUAAAACUAUAUAGAACACGAACAAUUGUUUUUGUCAAUGGAGGAUCACGUGUUCGGAAUGUAAUUGGUAUGACGUUGAUACUUGUUUUUAAGUAAUGGAACGAAAUUGGAAGGAACAACU